GUUUUUUCUCUCUCUCUGUCUCUCCAUCGCUAUCAUCUUCCCUUCCUUUACACGUUGAUUAUGCAUACGACAAUCGAAAAGUCAUGUGGGACUGGUGGUACUGUUUCUCUUUCAACUCCAACAAAGACAACAACCCUUAUUCCCACAAUUUGCUCCCAAUUCGACAUGAAAAUCGCCCAACAAUUCAAAAUCCAUCUCCGAUUUCCCGUUCCACGAUGAUUCUCACCUCUUGGCUAAAUCGUCGCCGCUUCCGGCGCUACUUCUGUCUCUUUAUCUGCUCUCCUUUUCUUCUUCCUUUGUUUUGUGCUACUUGCCCUAUCAUUUGUGCUGCUGAAAUCUGCUACCGUCUGUGCUAUCGCCGCCGCAGCCGAUCGCCUUGGAAAUCGGAGGAGAGAUUCGACGGCGAUGGGCGGGGACGGUGUGAGGGAGCGGAAGGUAGUAUAGAUGAAAGUCAAGAGACAAUGUUGUUGCAGAGGUAUCUGGAUGAUCAACUGCUUCUAGUGAUUGAAUCUGUGUACAAUUGUGGAGAUGAAGAAGAUGAAGAUGUGGAAGUUGCAGAUAGUAGAAGCCUUCUUCUGCAAUGAUAGAAGAAAUCCAGAGGUCUUUGGUUUAUCUCUUUUCCUUUUGGUUUUUUGUACAUACAAGUCAACAUUGAUAAUUGGGAUUCUAAAAUCUCGCCAACAAAGUAAUCGUUCAGAUAGUUAAUCGAUUGAGUUACUCAGAGUUCUCGAAAAUAGAAUAGUUAUGGGGUUUGUAAUCUUCAGUAUUUUCACGUCUGGUCGGAGGAAAGGAAUAAUUUUCCCAAUAUAUCUGAAAUUUAAUCAAAUAGAACGCGAGAUAUUUAUAUCAAAUCACUCAAUUUAUUAUAUGGUUAAGUGAGUUAUUAGUCAAGUUUUUAUCCCUUUUGGGUUCUUUGUUAUUUUUAUUGUGAUAAGAUUGAUUUUUGAACUCGUUUGUUGCACUUGUAUUUAAGGUUG